AUGGUUCACUUCUAAGAUAAUUUUGCCUCAUGGCUGCUUCGGUCUGUGAAGAAGCUGCCGUCGCAAAUGACCUUCGGUAGGACAUCAUACGACUGGUCCCACAGAGCUUUCAUGAUUCGCAGUGGUUUCGGUCCAGUUUUUCUGCUCUAUGCCUGGAAGGAGGGCCAGUACAGCACUUUCGACCCUUGUUGUUCGCAGUGACCCCAGCAUAACAGGCUGUUUGUUUUUCCUCCUCAGUUUCCUUGGCUUUCUAUCAGAGAGUGCCUUCCCUGCAACGCAGGCGCACACCUGCCAGCCAAACCUUCCAAAGUUCAAUGUAACAUUGCGUGCUGGUAGUGCCUCGGGAGUGUUUUGGAAACUGGGUCGAGUCAAGGACGUCAAUCAUUGUGGUCAGCUGUGUUGCCAGCAACGGAACUGUGACCUUGCCUUCUCUGUGGACGAUUUUUGCUACAACGUUGAGUGCCAAAGUGAAAAAAUGUGCCGACUGAAAAAUGAAAACUUUUCUCGCCAUAAUGUUGCGGUUACCUUGAUAACAAGGUCUUUGUUGGACACUUUUCAAGGAAAGGACAGAAACAAAAAGAGUGAGGGUGAAAAUAACAGUAGUUUUACAAAGCAUAAUUCUCACAAGCUAAGAGUAUCAAAAAUAAUCAAAAACAAGUAUGAGAGUGAUGUAGUAAAAUCAUACCAAAGCAAAGAAAAAGAAACAGAAUUCGAACUGCAAGAUUCAUUUCCAACAAAAACGGUUGUGCGACUGGAAUCAAAACUUCCAAAGGACGGAAACAUUGAUGCUUCAAAGCCUAACAGCUGUCGAGCAAGGAGAAUCCUUCACAAAGUUACUCUUCGCUCAGGGCUUAAGUCAGGAGAUUUUUCAGAUUACGGACAAGUACCUGACAUUAAUGUGUGUGUCAAACAUUGUUGCGAGCAGAAAACUUGCGAUGUUUCGUUGUUGUUGAACAGUCAUUGUUAUACAUUGCGCUGUUAUAAACCUGAACUUUGUAAGAUAAUUCCCGCGCACGAGUCGAAACUGGACCCGCAGUUAGCGUUCGUAACACGUUCAACGAACGGGGCAGACGAAGAAAAAAUGAGAGAGAAGAGAGUUAAAAAGAAAACCUCAACUAUAAAUGGAGGCUUAUGCCUGCACGGUGCGAUUUUUAGUGGCGUUAGUUUGAAAGGCGGAUACAAGGCGGGAAAAUUUGAACUGCUUCCUGGAGCAAAAGACAUGCACUCUUGCAUUCAAAAGUGCUGCGCAAGUCAAAGUUGUCAGGUGGCUUGGUUACUUGGCGAUCACUGUUACUCGGUAUCAUGUUUUGACAAGUGUAUUACCGUUAGAAAGCCAUCGAAAGGUAUUCAAUCCCAGCUUACACUCCUCACGGGAAAACCUACUAAUCCUGGAAACGAAAAAAGGCAAGGCAUUCCAGGAAGUAAAGUACCUUCAGGGAAAGUGUACAAGGUGUUUUUAACACUCACAGAUCAAGUAUUCUCAGAUCGGCUGAAAGACAUAGAAUCUCUUGAAUUUCUUAACCUGGCAGAAAAGCUUCAAGUUGCGGUUUCGUCUGUUUUUGUCAACGUACCAUCAUACAAAACAGCAGAAGUUAUUUCUUUCCAGUCUAACCCAGUGAUGUCAAAUCUUAAAUUGACAGCAUCAGAAAAAUCGACAGCAUCAGAAGUACUCACUCCUUUAGUGGCUGCAGUCAAAUCUGGUCAGCUAAAAUCCUCCAUUGAUGGAACACCGUUAAGCUUCUCCGUCAGCGAUACAAGUUUUCGUUUCAUCACCUCCACCGGAGUUAAUUUGGUAUGCAGUGCUGUGUACGAUUAUGACAUCAACUGGAGAUUGAUGAUGUUCAACACUACAGACAACCAGACAUGUCCCCGAAAAGCUCAAGGUCAAACAAGAAGGUUUUGUGCUGGAAGUGAAAUCUCCAACGCGACCUGGCAUGAACCAAACUUUAGCGAAUGCGUCACCCCCGCAUAUAAAAAUCUUCAUAAACAGAGUAAAGAUCUGGCCACCAGAGCAGAAAAUAAGGAACCUUUUACUCCAAUCACUGCGAGUGAAGUUAUAGCCGGCUUAGAGAAACUGGUGUUCACAGAUACUUACCGUGAGGAGAUUUACAACCAAGUACUGUCCGAUCAGCAGAAGAAUAUCCGGGCUGCUAAGAGGGGCAAAGGAAAGUCAACCUCUAAAGUGCACGACAAGGUAACUUUUGUCAAACCUCACGCGAAAAAUUCGUCUGAUAAGGAAGUUCCAAAAAACGUUCCCGUGACUGAGAUUCCGAGACGGACACCAGAAAUUUUACCAACCGUUGGCACCACGGAAAAGACUAAAAACGACAAUGCUGUGUGGUUUUCUGAUUUGAAAACAAAGCUUAACGGCAAAAAUCCAGAUUCCAAAGGAAAGAGUUUAAAUUUCCCGACAGCUAGUGUUCAUUUGCAAUCAACUCCAGCGGUAAACUCGCAGUCCAUCGGAAAUAAGGCUGGUAUUCCUGUGGAAGUUAACAGAAUACCUACUCGGAUCUCAGUUGUUCCACAACAGAGGGUCUUCGGUGCACCUGGAAUUCAAACUAAUGCUGUUUCUAGAUCUCAAGUGCAGUAUUCGAAUGGUCAGAGACAAAUUAAUUUGGGCUUGAAUAGACUACAACCUAACAACCCACCAUCGUUACAAAGCCCUUUACAAAGGUCGCAACUUCAUCAGUCUUCAAAUCCACAAGUUGCCCCCGGUUACGCUCAUGCACUGAAUCCUUACCGCUGGUUAGGUAGCCAAGCCUGGCAGAACAACCGAGCUCAAGGAAACUGGGGACGAGGUUACUCUCCUCCGAGCUAUUUAAGUGAUCAACUCGACAUCGGGAGACGAAAACGAGAAAGUGAAGCAAGUGGUAACCGAACAAAAAGACAAAAUACUCUUUGGUAUACUUCCCAUCAAAAUCCCUCGCAACUAAACUACCUCGCUAAUCAAAGAGGUAUUCCCAGUACAAGUUAUCAACAACCAAGAAAUUACUUUCAACCUCAGCAACACUCCUAUCAAAGUCCACCAAACCAGGCCGCUUUAAAUCCUUAUCAAAGAGGCUACAUGCGGCAGAAUGUAUACCACCAAUCACUCGGGAUGGGCCGCUCGCCCGCAGGCCAACAGCCGGUAAACGUGGCUGCGCCCAACAGUAGAAGUCAAGUCAUAAAUGGUCUGGGAUACGGAACACAGCCUGGAAUUGGUGCGGGUGGACAGCCUACACCAGUGGAGCGUUGGCCAAACCUAGCAAAUCCAAUUCAAAGCCCAGCGGUGCAAUCUUCACAAAACUCAAUAAAUUCUAUGAAACCAUCUUCUGAAUCGAGAACUAAGCUUAAAACAAACCAAAUCCUAACGAAAAAUAUUCAAAUCAUCCCAACAACGCCUCGUGUUCGUCUUGUACAGCCCACCAACAAGGUCACAAAUAAAGCCCCGAUGACCCUCCCAAUUUCUAAGGAAAAGGACGUACCCGUGCACACGGGACAAAAGAAAGUUGGGUCUAAGGACGAUUUAUCGAAAAAGCUCCAAGAUAUAUCUGGUCCCGCUCCUCACUUCAAAACACAUGAUUCGGUGGUUCCUCUUGGAACUGGUAAAAAGGAAGAACAUGUCGUUCCGAUGUUUGGCGGAGAUAUUUUGUUGUCUGUGGGGAUCCUUCAACAGCUGCAAAAGUUUACGCGAUUGAGCAAAGCGCGGAUAACUGAGAAAGAUCUAAAGUUGUUCGUGAAUGCCAGCAGCCAUAUUCUGGAUCUCAAGAACAAGCAGGAGUGGAACAAUGCGCAAAAGCAUGCAGAAGUCCUUUUCAAGAGAGGUAUCAACGUCCUAGAAGAUAGUAGCAAUUGGGACUGGGACGAGUCCCAGCAGAUGACGAGCAAGGACGACAACAUCCGACCGGUCAUUUUGGACCUUGUGAAAGCAGUUCAAGACCAUGUCAUGAAUGCGUCAUAUAGUGUAUCCAAUUCCAAGCCACUCAUAACAAAAAACAUUCUUGUUGGACUCCAGACCUUCAGCUCGGACAGUGCGAACCCUUCACAGCUAAUGACCUUCCCAAACUAUUCUAACCCCUUGGUGGCAAACUGGAGUACUGGGCAUGACUCUAUAACAAUGGCUCCCACGAUAUUUGACUCAGCAGCUGCAGGAAUAAAUGGGCAGGUGCAUCUAAUGAUAGCUAGCUUCAAAACAGUUCCUCUUUUAUUACCAAUUAAAAGUGAAAGUGGCCUGGUUUUAAAUAGUGCUGUAUUCUCGAGCACAGUAAAGCCCGCCGUGACGAAUGAACUCAUACCCCCUGUGAAGAUUGUCCUAUCGGUCUCAAACGCUAGCCUGAUAAAUUAUUACCAAGAGUGCGUUGCCUGGACAGCGAAAGAAGGUCAGGUAGGCGGAAAGUGGUCCUCGAGAGGCUGCAAAUUAACUGGCUCCAAUGCGACUCACACGACAUGUGAAUGUAACCAUAUGACGGAUUUUGCCGUAAUGGCUAACACCAAGAAAGAGAAGGGCAUUGGGACUCCUCACCCCUCGGCCUCAGUGCCCUCCCCUGGGAGUAGCCAUGACCGUAGUUGGAUUGGAAUACUCGUGGGUAUUCUGGCUGUGCUAGUGCUGAUCAUUAUCGUGGUUGUGUUUCUUUUCUACUGGAGGAAAAGAAGAAGAGAACAAGGGCAGGGAGAUGCUCCGCGUCCACGACCUCGAGGACUAAGGAGAUCACGAUCUCUUUCCCGGUCUAGUGCCAAGCCAUCUCGAUCCAGUAGCUCAAAGAGUGAUGGGGCAGCCAGCCCAGCAUCUAGUCAUUCGAGUCAGUUUGAUGAAAUGAUCGCAGCAAGAAGACGAAGGAUGGCUAUAGACAAAGAGGAGAAAGCACGGCGUGCCCAAGAGGAAGGUGACGAAAUUGCUGACGAUGACCUCCUAAUGAAAGAAAAAGCUAUGUUGUUCUCUGAUUACCAUCAACCUUAUCACUUCCUUUCUAAAGAGGACGGAAAGCGAGCGACAAGGAAUAGAAGAGAGCAGCCUGGUUCUAGUGGGCGCAGUCCCCCUGGAAGAAACAGACGCUCGGCUACGGAACAAGACGGUGAUGAGGUGUAAUAAAAAAAAAAAUUGCGAUUUGCCAGAAACCGAUGACGGGAAAGCAGUAACCCGUGUUUAAUUUUGUGCAGAUUUUCUUAAACACGAUUGUAUUAUAAAA